AUGAAUAUUAGCUUAAUUAAAAAAGUAGGCAUUAAUUAUAUUAAUAAAUCAUUUAAUACAUAUUGUAAUAAAAAAUUGUCAAAGAUGGAUAUUAAAAAUAUAAAAGAGAAUUUAAAAACUAUGAAGGAUGCAUAUGAUCCUAAGGAAGUAGAAUCAAAGUGGUAUAGUUUUUGGGAAGAAAAUGAUUAUUUUAAACCGAAAAAAGAAUUAAUAGAAGAAAAUAAGAAUAAUGAACAUAUAAAGAAAUUUGUGAUUAUAUUACCCCCACCAAAUGUAACAGGUACGUUACAUAUUGGUCAUACAUUAACAGUAGCUAUUCAAGAUUCUUUAGUUCGAUAUAAAAGAAUGAAAAAUUAUUUAACAUUAUAUAUACCAGGAACAGAUCAUGCUGGUAUAGCAACACAAACUGUUGUAGAAAAGAUGUUAUAUAAAAAAGAGAAUAAAAUAAGACAAGAUUAUGGUCGAGAAGAAUUUGUUAAAAAAAUAUAUGAAUGGAAAGAUUUACAUGGAAAUAAAAUAAAUAAUCAGAUGAAGAGGAUUGGUGCUUCUGUUGAUUGGUCAAGAGAAUAUUUUACCAUGAAUGAAAAUUUAUCAAAUGCAGUAAAAGAAGCUUUUAUUAAAUUUUAUGAAAGUGGUUUAAUAUAUAGAGAUAAUAGAUUAGUUGCUUGGUGCCCUCAUUUAAAAACUGCCUUAUCCGACAUUGAAGUAAAUCUAGAAGAAAUUAAAAAACCAACCAAAAUAAAAAUACCUUCCUUUGAUCAUUUAGUUGAAGUAGGUGUUCUAUAUAAAUUUUUUUACCAAAUAAAAGAUAGUGAAGAGAAAAUAGAAAUAGCAACAACUCGUAUUGAAACCAUGCUAGGAGAUGUAGCUGUAGCUGUACACCCAAAAGAUAAACGAUAUGCACAUUUAAUUGGUAAAGAAAUUGUACAUCCAUUUAUUCCUAAUAGGAAAAUUAUUAUUAUUGCUGAUGAUUUUGUUGAUAUGGAAUAUGGUACUGGUGCUGUGAAAAUUACUCCAGCUCAUGAUAAAAAUGAUUAUGACAUGAUGAAAAGACAUAAUUUAAAUUAUAUAAAUAUUUUUACAUUAGAUGGGCAUAUUAAUGAAAAUGGAGGGAAAUUAUUUCAAGGCCUACAUAGAUUUGAAUGUAGAUUUAAAAUUCAAGAAGAAUUAAAGAAAUUAAAUUUAUUAUCAGAUAAAGUACCUAACCCUAUGUCUUUACCACUUUGUUCAAGGACAAACGACAUCAUUGAAUAUAUGCUCAUACCACAAUGGUAUAUGAACUGUUCAGAAUUAGCUCACCAAGCUAUCCAAAAUGUUAAACUAAAAGAGUUAGAGAUCAUACCAUCUCAGCAUGUAAACACAUGGUAUUAUUGGUUGGAGAACGUUAGAGAUUGGUGUAUAUCAAGACAGUUGUGGUGGGGACAUCGUAUACCAGCCUAUAAAAUUGUAUUUAAAAAUGAAGUUGAUCACAAUAGUGAUGAUAUCAAUCGUAAUGGUGAUGGUAAUAAUAAUAAUAAUAACAAUUUGGAAGAACAAAACGAAUUGUGGGUUGUUGGUAGGUCUUACGAAGAAGGAUUGGAAAAGGCAAAAACCCUUGUAGGUGAUAAUAAGCCCUUCGAAUUAAUACAAGAUGAGGAUGUUCUAGAUACUUGGUUUUCAUCUUCUUUGGUUCCAUUUAGUUCAUUAGGAUGGCCAAAUCAAACUGAAGAUUUAGAAACUUUUUUUCCUAAUACAAUAUUAGAGACUGGUCAGGAUAUAUUAUUCUUUUGGGUAGCUAGAAUGGUUAUGGUUUCUUUACAUUUGAUGAAAAAAUUACCAUUUAAGACAAUUUAUUUACAUGCUAUGAUUAGAGAUUCUCGUGGUGAAAAAAUGAGCAAGAGUAAAGGAAAUGUUGUAGACCCAUUAGAUAUAAUUGAUGGUAUUAGUUUGAAUAAAUUACAUGAGAAAUUGUAUGAAGGGAAUUUACCAGAAAAGGAAAUAAAGAGAGCAAUUGAAUUACAAAAAAAAGAAUUUCCGAAAGGUAUACCAGAAUGUGGUACAGAUGCAUUAAGAUUUGGAUUGUUAACAUAUCUUAAACAAGGAAGAAAUGUAAAUUUAGAUAUUAAUCGAAUUAUUGGUUAUAGACAUUUUUGUAAUAAAUUAUGGAAUGCAGUCAAAUUUUUUUUAAAAACCUUACCAGAUAAUUAUGACAAUUACAAUAUAUUAAUUGAUAAACCUGAAUAUGUAGAAAAGUUGCAAUGGGAAGAUAAAUGGAUUUUACAUAAAUUAAAUGUAUAUAUAAAAAAUGCAAACGACAAUUUUGAAUCAUACAAUUUUUCAGAAGUUGCUUUUGCGUCUUAUAAUUUUUGGUUGUAUGAUUUAUGUGAUAUUUAUUUAGAAUUAAUUAAACCUCGUUUAAAUACAGAUUCUCAUGAUAAUUUUGUAAGUGGAUUAAAAGAAAAAAGUGAUAUGAAUAAUAUAGAGAAAAGAGAAGUUGUUGAACAAAAUGAUAAUAAUGAAUCAGUUAAUACAAACCAUAUUAAUGAAAUAAAUAAAUGUAAUAAUUAUUUAGAUGGAUAUGGAGCUAAUAAAACGUUACAUGUUUGUUUAGAUUAUGGAUUAAGACUUUUGCAUCCAAUAUCUCCAUUUAUUACCGAAGAAUUAUAUCAGAAAAUAUCAUCCGAACCUUACAAAUUUAAUUCCAUAUCAUUAGCAAAAUAUCCAGAAUAUAUUAACAUAUGGCAUAAUGAAAAUAUUAAUUCUGAAAUGAAUAAAUUUAUGAAUAUUGUUAAACAAUUUAGAUCAUUCAUAUCUACAUUAGAAAUCCCCCCCAAAACAAAAUUAAAUUGUUUCAUUGCUGCUAAACAUGAAGAAGAUAAAAUAUUUAUUGAAAAGGUAAGAACUAAAAUUGAAGUUCUAGCGAAAUUGUCUUCAUUAAGUGUUAUUAAUUACAAUGUUGAAGAUUUAUCAGAUGAUUUAAAAUUACAAGUAAAAAAAUGCUUAAAAGAUAUUGUUUCGAAUCAAUUUAUUAUAUAUGUACAAUCUAGUGAAGAAUACCUUAAACCAUUAUUAAGUAGUAUGUUAAAUAAAAAUAAAAAAUUACAAGCUUCAUUAGAUUCUUAUCUGAAAAAAAUUAAUGACCCAAAUUAUGAGCAAAAAGUACCUGAACAAGUCAGAACUAUGUAUAGUGAAAAAGUCGAGGAAUUAAAUUCCCAAAUAUUGUCUAUAUCGAAUAUAAUAUGUGAAAUAAAUGAGUGUUUAAAGAAUGCAUAG